CCGGCGCACACCGAUCGCAUCGAUCGAUCUUCCCGAGACUUCCGCCAAAGAUAAUCGCAGGAUGAGACCGCACAGCCAGCUGCUAAUCCUGGCGCUGCUCGGCAUCCAGGUGGCUGCCCAAUCCUCAUGCGACCCGGCCAGUUUGGGCCAGGCCACUGCCACAAAAGCUGGCGAGGAUGCCACCGCCACAGCAGCUGCCACCGCAGCCGUUGCGACUGCAGAGGAUGGAGGAACAAGCACGGCCGCUGGAGACGGCUUUCAGGAUUCCAAGAUUCUCUCCCAGACGCCGCCCAUUAGGGCUUUUAGCCGUGGCAACCCAACGGUGGAUGCAUUGUACAUGAUGUUCCCGGCCCUGGGCAGCCUCAUCCAUUGGGGCAGCCUCUUCCCCGCCUACUCCUUCCUGGGUGCCCCGGCUCCCGGCUCGGAGGCCGCUGCCUCCAAGGUGGUGCUUGUCCUAGCCGAUGAUGCCACUGCCAAAACGCGAGUCACUCGCCAGAAUGAUCCUGCUAGUCAGCCGAAUCCCUUCUCGUUCCUGACCGACAUCCAGAACCUUCAAGGUCUUCCUAACGUUGCCAACUUUGAUCCCAAUACGCUUGGCCAGUCGCUGAUGAAUCCGCAGACUGCCUUCACCGCGCUUCAGGGCCUGCCCGGCCUCUCGGGUCUGCAGGGCCUGCAGGGCAUGCUGGGAGCUGCUGGUCCCGUUUCCACGCCAGCUGCCGCUCCAGCCGGUGAUGCGACUGCGACUGCUUCUUCCUCGGCUCCAGCCGCGGAGGCAGCCGCAGCUCCAGCUGCUGUUCCUGUUCCAGUGUUGGGUCAGACACCCUGGAACCUGCAAAACUUCGAUGCCAACAACAUGCUAGGCCAGACCAUGAACCUGUUGAGCCAAAUGCCUCAAAUGCCGCCGGUUCAGGCUCCGGCGAACCUGCCCAACUUCAACUUCCUGGGUCAAAUGUUUCCCACACCGGCCGCCUCCGACAUCUCCGAGGUGCGGGUGAGGCCAGAGGUAGCCUACGCCCCGGAGGCGCAGGUGGCACAGCUCAAGAUUAAGACGGCGCUGGAGAAGGAAACCGAGAAGGUGCAGCAGCAGGAGGAGCAGGAGCGAGUGCCACUACUCUGGUUCCGCAUGCCGAGCAAUCCGACCUCGGAGGACCAGAGGACUGCGGAGGACCUGCGCGUGGAGGCCAAACUAAGGGCCUUCGAGCGCCAGGUAAUUGCCGAGCUAAAGAUGCUCCAGAAGAUCGAGCUGAUGGCCAAGGAAAUGCGCUCCAGUGCAUCCGCGUCGCAAGGCAAGGACUCGCCCUACAAAAUCAGCUAUCCGCUGAGCCGGACGCCCGUGCACAAGAUCACGCGCUCGGACAUCGAGCGAGCUCUCCGCGAUGACUACGUGCGUCGGCUGCUCCAGAAGGAGGCGCAGCGCAAGGCUAGGAUCUCGGAUUUGCAACGCAGUACCGGCGGCUACAAGCGUCAAGCGGAUAAGCCCGGCCAGAGUAUGUCCAAGGAGGACAUUGUCCAGAUCAUGGCCUAUGCCUAUCGCAUGGCCAGCGAGCAGAUGGCCGAAAAGGAGAAGCAGGACAAGAUCUAUGCCGCCUACAGGACGGGAUCAGAGGAUUCAACGAAGCCCAUGGAACGCCAACAACAGGAGCAGAUGCAGCAGCAGCGCCAAAUGGUCCAGGAGAUGCAGCAAAUGCAGCAGCAGCAGGAGAGGCAGGUCCCGCUACAAAUUCCAGGAGCUUUCCAGCAUCGUCAAAUGAUGCAGGGUCCACAGAUGAUCCAGCAGAAUCCCAUGAUGAUCCAGCAGCAGCAGGAGAGGCAGAUGAUGCAGCAGCAGCAACAUGAGAGCCAGAUGAUCCAGCAGCAGCCGGAGAAGCAGAUGAUUCAGCAGCAGCAGGAGAGGCAGAUGAUGGCAGAUCCGCAAGCUAUCCAGCAGCGCCAAAUGAUCCAAGAACCUCAGAUGAACCAGCAGACUCCCACGAUGCCAAGGCAAAUGCCAGAGAUACAGAUGAUUCAGCAGCAGCAGCAGGAGAGACAGAUGAUGGCCGAUCCUCAGGCUAUCCAGCAGAUGCAGCAAAUGCAGUGGACCGAAGAGCAGGCCAAGAUCCAGCAGCGACAGAUGGCAGCCGUGGACCAACAGAUGAUGCAACAGCGGCAGAUGAUGGUGGAGGAUCCCCAAGCCAUCCAGCAGAUGCAGCAAAUGAUCCAACAGAAUCCCAUUAUGCAGCAGCGACAGAUGAUGGCUGAGGAUCCUCAGGCUAUCCAGCAGAUGCAGCAAAGACAGUGGGCCGAGGAGCAGGCCAAGAUCCAGCAGAAUGCGAUGAUGAUGCAGCAGCAGCAGCAGCAGAGGCAAAUGAUGCAGGAUCCCUCACAGAUGAUGCAGCAGCGCCAAAUGGCUGCGGAGAAUCCACCAGCCCAGAGCCAGAACCAACAGCCGAUCCAGUGGACCGAAGACCCAUCAAGGAUUCAACAGAUCCAGCAGAUGCAGCAGAGGAGCGAGGAUCAGCAGAGGCAAAUGGGAGGUCAGGCAACCACGAUGACGAUGCCAGCUGAACGCCAGUGGGCCGAUGAGAAGUCCAAGGCCAUCCAGCAAAUGUCACAGCAGCCGGAGCUGGACAACGAGGAGUCUGAGGAUCUCAUCCUGGGAGAGGCAGGUCCCCAGAUGCCGGAGAACGAGGGCACUGCCCGGCAUAAAGUGGAUGCCCUGGGACUGGGCGGCAACCAGCGCAAGAAGUCCAAGUCGAAGUCCAAGUCUGGAGGCACACCCACGGUGGUCAACCUGUACUACUCUACACCAGCGCAGCGUCCCAGCUAUGGGCCCAGCUAUGCCCCACCUAGCUAUGCCCCACCCAGCUAUGCACCACCCAGCUACGAUCCGCGUCCCAGCUACGCUCCGCGUCCCAGCUACUCCGCCCCCAGCUAUGGAACUAGUUACGGAGGCGGUGGCUACGGAUCGAAUGCCUAUGGAGCCGGCGGCUCCUCCUACCAAAGGCCAGCCUCGCCAGGGUAUCGGGCAGCCGUGGGCAAUGACGAAGUGGACGAGAUGCUGCGCCGCCACCAGACACUGGCCAGGACAAUAAACCCGCAACCAGGACAGGUCGCCGGGAGCCCAGCCACAGCUGAUGCCUCCAUGACGACAACCACACCAGCGCCGUCGUCCCCGACGCACCAAAUCCACAAAAGUCCAUCAUCAGCACCAUCCGACAUCGAAACCACCGCACCACCACCACCAUCUGACCCUCAAGUGGGCUCCAUUUUCACCUACGGCGAGGGACUGCUGCACCCGUUCAUGGGCCUGCUGCCCGUGCAGAGACCAGACGAUCCCUGGAACACCAAGCCCUACGACCCCCACUAUCCCCUCUAUACGGGCGGCGGCAGCUACGCCGCCUAUCUGAGGGACGGUCGCCAUCGCCGGGACACGCACAUCAUGGGCAGCCAACCGGGACAGGGGAUCCUUACGCCCGGCAUGCUGGAGAGGCUGCUCCGCAUCAAGAUCGAUUUCCAGCGACGCUUCCCCCACCUCUAUAAGGGCAUGCUGAGUCACCACCAGAACCAGACUCGGGUGGAGGUGGAGCCACCGAUUCUGGGCAAAAUUAAAAGCGACGAUAAGAAACCAAAUGCCAAACCUACGAAGGAGCAGGAGGAGGAGGCACCUGUCUAUGAGCUGGGUGCCGCCGAGCGAAGCCUCUUCGAGGACGACACGGAAAGGGAUUCCCUCGGAAAGGAGUCCGAACAGGAGGCGGAGGUGGACCCGAAGGAGGCGGUGGCCAAGGAGAGCAGUGAACGUGAGCCCAAAGACAACAUCAGCAGCGAACCUUGGAGAGAGGACCAUGACAUUGAUUACUUUGAGUUCGAUGACGACGAUGAUGUUGAUGACUAGACUUUUGUUCAAAUGUCAAUAAAAAUAUGAUUAAAAUGUUAA